AUGGCGGACAUAUCCCUGGACGAGCUCAUUCGGAAGCGCGGGGCGGCGGUGAAGGGGCGGCUCAAUGUCAGAGCAGGACUUGGAGGGGUCCGAUCUCGUGUGGGCAUCCAUCAGAGCCUUCUCAGCCAGCCAGUACGCACAACCACCUUCCAGCAGAGAUUUGAUGCCCGUCAAAAGAUUGGCCUCUCAGAUGCCAGGCUCAAGCUGGGAGUCAAGGAUGCCCGGGAGAAGCUUUUACAAAACGAUGCUCGGUUUCGAAUCAAAGGGAAAGUGCAGGAUGCACGAGAGAUGCUCAACUCCCGAAAGCAGCAAAGUACAGUGCCCCAGAAACCACGCCAGGUGGCCGAUGCCCGAGAGAAGAUCAGCUUGAAACGCAGUUCCCCUGCUGCCUUCAUGAGCCCGCCUGUCGUCACAGUGACUCCUGCUCUGAAGCUCACCAAGACCAUCCAGGUUCCACAGCAGAAGACCAUGGUUCCACUUCAUCCUGCUGGAAUGAGGAUCAACGUCGUCAAUAACCAGCAGCCCAAACAGAAUUUAUACGACCUGGAUGAAGAGGAUGAUGUUACAGCACCUGUUCCUAGUAAACAGAUGAAAGUCUCAUCCAUUGGCAGCUUUGUCUACCAUCCAGCUGGGCUGAGCAGCUCCAGGCUGUCCUUGUCCAGGGCUCUCCCUCUCACCAAAGUGGUCCAGAAUGAUACCUAUACAGCUCCAGCACUCACCUCCUCCGUUCGAACAAAGGCCUUGACCAGCAUGUCGCGGACACUGGUGAACAAAGAGGAACCCCCUAAAGACCUGCCCCCGGCUGAGCCUGCGUUCAGCCCCCUGGAAGGCACGAAGAUGACCGUGAAUAACCUGCACCCACGCGUCACCGAGGAGGACAUUGUUGAGCUUUUCUGUGUGUGUGGAGCCCUCAAGCGGGCUCGGCUGGUCCAUCCUGGGGUAGCAGAAGUGGUCUUUGUGAAGAAAGAUGAUGCUAUCACUGCGUAUAAGAAGUACAACAACCGGUGUCUGGAUGGGCAGCCAAUGAAGUGCAACCUUCAUAUGAAUGGGAACGUCAUCACCUCGGACCAGCCCAUCCUGCUGCGAUUGAGUGACAGCCCCUUAGCGAAAAAGGAGACUGAGCUUCCUCGCAGGAUGAGUUCUGCCUCUUCCUCGAACCCUCCUGCCGAAGUGGACCCUGACACCAUCCUGAAGGCGCUCUUCAAGUCCUCGGGGGCCUCUGUGACCACACAGCCCACAGAAUUCAAAAUCAAACUUUGA